CCACCUGAGCGAGAAACAACAAAGCAGAUUAUUAAUCCAGGAAGAGCAUCUAUCUGGUGAAAUGAAGACGCCGAUCUAGACUCGCGUUUGUACUUUAUUUUUUUGUCACAAUGGACGAGGUGUUUCUUAAAUCGGCGUUACCUGCGCAGAGCUCUUUCGUGCUGGACGACACCAGCCUGGCUCUGCCGGCGGAGCCGACUCUGGGAUCCGCGACGAGGCUGGAUUCAAACGAGCGGAGCCAGCGGGUCCACCAGCAGGUCCAGCUGACUCUGGCACGGAGGGCGAAAAGGUCUCAGUCAAACGGUGGUUUCCACUUACAGAAAACCACAGCAAGGAGCUUCGAUGCUGUGGAUGGAUUUUUAUCAAACACAAGGGUAAAUGGCUUCUCAAACAGCUCCCUCCCUAACCGAUACAUGGGAACAGCAUCCAGGAGGGUGGAAGUGUCUCCACCGCCAAGUCCUGAGAUACCUCGAACUCGUUUUUACAGUACUUACCAUUACGGGAUGAACACCAUCCCGGCAUCCGGUCCUUCAACCACGGCGAGCACUCUGCCAUACCGCUCACAUGUGUCUGAUUCGCGGCGGGGCUACAUUUUCUCAGAGAUGCCCCGAAGGACGCAGAGGUCGCUCAGACAGACGCCGGGAACGCAGUCCAUGUUUGGAAGUUCAGGGUUUCGGCAAAACGGCGGCUAUGGCUCUCAAUGGACUCAUAGUGGGGACAUCAUCUGGGAUGAUGUAAACAAUGUGCAGGGACACAAUGGUGAUAUGAUGCGGGGUCCUGUUCAGCCCGAAGGAGGCUUUUCUUGGUUGGCCCAUGGUAGGAUGGGCCAGAGGUCCUUCAGACUGAAUUCGUACCCGCCCUCCGUUGGCAUCAUGGAUGGGGACAUGGGGAAGAAGAUGGAAGUAGAACUCCCUGUUCAGCAAAUGCAGACACAGAAUAUCAUGACAGCGGCGUCAGAAAAGCCGCCUCCAGAGAUGACACUAGAGCGAGCCGUGUUCCUUUUGGGCAAGGACAACGAGGAAACGCUGGUCAACGCAGCCAGCUUCAUACAAAGUAAAUGUUUCCAAAAGGCUGGUGCUAAAAAUAUGGUGUACAAUCUCCAUGGGAUCGAAAAGCUUCUGCAGCUUCUUAACCACGACAGCGAGGAGGUUCAGCAUGUCGUCGCUGGAGCGCUGCGCAAUGUGGUCUAUCAGAGCAGCGAGAAUAAGAUGGAGGUGAAGAACAAUGACGGCGUGGCUCUCAUUUUGCAGGCACUGCAGAGCAGCCGUGACACGGAGACCAGACGGCAGCUCACUGGCAUCUUGUGGAACCUCUCCUCUCACGACCUUUUGAAGGACCACCUCUCCAGAGAGUCCUUAAACGUCCUCACCAAGUCAGUCCUGGUGCCCUGCUCUGGCAUCGGCGAGGGCGAGAACCCGAAAGAUGAGCUCCUCGCCGACAUUGAGGUUUUCCACAAUGCUACCGGCUGCCUACGAAAUCUGAGCUCUGCCGGCCCGGAUGUCAGGAAAGAGAUGAGGGAGUGUGACAAUCUCAUUGACUCUCUGGUCUACUACGUUCGGGGGACGGUGGCGGACUAUAAGGCAGAUGACAAGUCCACAGAGAACUGCGUCUGCAUCCUGCACAACCUGUCUUAUCAGAUCGAGUCAGAGCUUCCGCCGCACUACACCUGCACCGAGCCUCAACCCAACUCGGCUCCCAGCCCGCCGGUUUUCGGCUGUUUCUCGUACAGAGCUGCCGAGAUCCCAGAGGACCUGGACCGACCGCGCCCCCUGCUGGAGGAGAAGGCAAACCCCCUUGGCGUAGAGUGGCUGUGGAAUCCCAUCACCAUCCGGAUGUACCUGUCACUGAUAGCCUGCAGCGAGCGCCACCACACGCAGGAGACUGCCAUCGGAGCGCUGCAGAACAUCACAGCUGGAAACGGACCGCUGAGCCAAGCCCUUGCCUUCAUCAUCGUGGAGCGUGAAAAAGGUCUCCUCCACAUUCAGAAGAUCUUAGAGGACGGAGAGAGCGGCGCAAAGAGAACGGCCAUAUCUCUAAUAAGAAACCUCUCUCGUUACCAGGAGCUGCUCCCCUUCAUUGGGGACGAGGUGUUGACAGGUCUUGUGAACAUGCUGCCCGGCGACGACCCCGACACCGAGCUGCCCAGUGAUGUGACGAUAUCUCUGCUCCGGAUCCUGAUCAGCCUGAGUCAGAGCGACGCGAAGCACGUCAAAACCAUCCUCAACCAGGGAGCCCACCCGAAGAUUGUCAAAAUCAGCUUAACCUACAAUGGUUAUGGACCAAGCCGAGCAGCUCAGACUGCAUGUGUCCUGCUGCACGAAAUGUGGAAGCAUGGUGAUCUCAACGGAGCCUUAAAGAAGGGUCGCUUCAAGAAAUCCGAUUUCAUCAAUGCAAGGACAACGAAGAUUGUGAACACUAAACGAGCCGAAGACCCAUAAGUAACAAACCUGAGCGAGUCAACAAAUCACUCUGUUUUCCUGUAAUGAAGCAUCUUUUUGUUUGUUUUCCGCUAGAUAAACGUUUAAGAACCACUGACUUUAUGACACAUUCACAAAAUUAGUUGUAAAGUUUUUAAAAUCAUAAAAUAGAGGUAGCAGGUAUAUGAACAACUAACCCACUUGAUGCAAGUGGGUGCAUCACUGAAGAGUUACUUCUCAUUUCAUGGGACCUUUAAAGCACUAUUUUUGUUUAAAUAGUUUUGUUGACGUGCCUUGUUUAAGGCUGUGUAGUGCCUUAUGGUCAGAAAACCUGACAGAUGAAUGUAGAAAUGUAGAAAUUGAAAUUUAACGUAUUUCUUCGAGUUUGUGUAGUAUUUUUUCCCCCCUAUUUUGUAGUGGGAGCUUAACUUGAAGUUAGUUGUUCUAUAUAAGUGGCAUAGUAAUUAUGCAAGGAACCACAAUAGAAGCAUGAUGAAAGCAGCAUUUGUUUGACCACAUGAACAAGUACAUAAAUGUGUAUAAAGUGUAUUUUAAAGAGAUGAAACAAGCAAAUCUCUUGCCUUCUGAAUCAAACGUUUUUUGGUUUUUUUUUCCAGAAAUAAACUGUUUUCACUACAUUA